GAGAGAGGCCCCCCGUAUAAAUGCGCAAUCGUCCUUUCGCCCAAGACUCUCACUGAAGAGAGUGCAUGUGCAGAUAGUACAGGCGGCCCAAAGCGGACCGGCAGCAGUGACGGCAGCAGCGCGAGGAGUGACCACGACACAGCGGGUUCGAGGCGACGCAGAGGAAGACCCUGGACUACAGCGUCACCGUUCCUGGAGCAGCAGGAUCGCCUCCCGGCUUUGGUUCCAAGGCUUCGAAGUGGCUCCUCCACGCCUGCGCGUCCUUCCGCGUCGGACUACGGUUGACGGAGUGGACUAGCUGCGGUUCGGUGCAGUGACAUUGGACGUCGACUCGGUGGAAGUGACAUCCCACACUCGUUUCGCUUCAUUCUCCUGACGCGAAGCGGGCAGCGCUCGAGAACUGAAGUGCGCUGCCUGAACUGCCAAUAGGAAAAGCCGUCUUUGGAAAACGUUCCUGCCGACGCCUCAGGAUGCACAUGCUCAAGGUUCUGACCCUGCUGGCUUGUGCAGCGCUAGCUGUGGCCGGCUCGAGAAGUGCGAGUCGAGGCUACUCCACGCCAACUGCCGGCUACGGCGAUUCGUCGUAUGGUUCGUACAAAGGAAGCAAGGCAUCCCGGCUGUCGUACGCUUCCUAUCCCGGCGACGUGCAACAGGGAGACCUCGCCGGCCUGGGCGCUCCCAAGGUGGCUAAGGGCAUCCUGCUCUCCAUCCGCGUCGUCAACCCCGACGAGAGCUCGGGUCAGCCCACGUACGCCGCCCAAGUGCCCAUCCACUUUUCUGGAGGGCGCGUCACCACGGGGCCCGUCGUGUACGGCCGUGAGCAACCCUGCCCCGAGGACCACGUCCACAGAAGCCGACAUCUGCAGAGCAUCGUCAGCAGUUACCCCGGGGGCGGAUCGCGGGGCAGCCGCGCCUACUCUCCCGCUCACUACCAGAAUGCACUGUCGGCUGCCAAAAGCUACAGCGUCAGCCAGCAGAUUCAGGUUGGUGUACCCAGCAAUGCCAAGACGUACCAGUACCACGGCCAGUCGUACGCCGUGCCAGUGAGCGCCGUUCCGGCCACGGCGUCUCAGGAGGACGCCAAGUCGUACGUCGCGUACGCCGGUCAGUCGUCCGGUCCCCAGUACCAGCAGAGCUACCAGGUCGCCCAGGCUCCGUCGGCCGCAUAUCAGGGUGGCGCUGUGUCGCAAGGCAUCGGUGACGGAAAGGCAUAUGCUGGAACCGCUUACACGCACGGAGGACAGGCUUACCAGGUCGUCGCCCAAGGAGGUGACGGCCAAGAGCACGUCUACGUGACGGCGCAUCCCGGUGCGCACGGCGGACACGGAGGUGCCACGGCCGUCGCGCAGAAGAGCUACACGCCGUACGGAGUUCAGGAGGCGUACAGCGUCGAGGCGUCGCCCGCCAAGACAUACAGCGGAGAGGCGGGGGCGUCAGGCAACGCCAUCAGCGGGCAGCAGGCAUCGUACGAGGUUACGGACGCGGGACACGGUAAAGGGGGAUACGGACCGGGUGGCCCCGCUGGAUACGCGGCUGGCCCGGGCUACGCCGGCGGACCGAGCUACGGUGGCGGCGGCGCAGGUGGCACUAGCUACGCCGCCGUAGUGGGAAGCGGAUACACGGCCACUGCUGGACCCAGCUACGGCGGCUCGGCAGGACCAAGCUACGGAGGGGGGCCGGCGGCUGCUGGCGGAUACGAGAAACCGGCGUACCAGGUGGCUGCCAUCUAUCCAGGAGCUCAGCCGACGUACGGCGUCAACGCAGCGGCUUUCAAGGCGGCCGCCGCGGCAAGGGCACAUGGAGGCUACGGAGGAAACGGAGGUAGCGGCGGAGAAGAGCAGACCAUCAUCGUGGCCGCAGACACACCUUCCGGUGGAGACGGCAGUGGCAAGUCGUACACGUCGUACCAGGGAGCGGCAGGGCCGUCCUAUCAAGUGGCCAACGCCGCGGCUCAAUCGUACAAGCCCGGACAACAGCAGCAGCAGCAGCAGUACGCCGGGCCGCAUCAGCAGGCGUACAGCCGGUACCCCAACUCCGGGUCCUAUUACUCUGGAACCUCGUUCGCGGAAGCCAACAGACUCGCCCUACAGAAGUACAAUGCCCUCAUGAGCCGAGCAGCGUCCUUAGUUGGUGGCCCACAAAAUCUUAAGGCCGUUGCGGCGCGGUACAACAUUCCAUGGAACUGAUGGACCAAAGUAUGAAAACAUGGGAAAAAGAAAACUAAUAUGGGGUGACCAGGCGCCGCCUCAACGAGCCACUCAACCACAUCUGUUGACGACUAAAACAGAAAAAAAAAAACACGUGCUACUUGUAAAGAAGUGGCCACGGUGGUUGCCGGGAAACCCUUGUACAGUAUUUUUGUAAAAUAGUGCGUUUUUUUUAAGUACCUGUGUUGUUCACAUUAUCGCCUGUGUUACCAUGUGUCGCCAUGUACAUUGUCAAUGUCAUUAAUAAAACAGAGAAAAAUGGCUACAAAA